GUGAAUAUUGUGGGACUAGUGUUGAUGGCCCUGAGUUUGGGUCCCAUCAUGUCACCCAUCAUGAAUGAGAUGCUCUGGGCCGCCAGUGACGCAGGCAUAGAGGACAACUUUGCAAAAUACGGCAUUGUGUCUGGGCUUUUCUCUGGAUCCUAUUCUAUAGGAGACUUUGUAGGCCCCACAGUUAGCAGUGCCUUGGUGGAGGAGUUUGGCUUUCCGUGGGCAACAACAUUUUUUGGAGGAUUUAUUUUGUUCUAUACUGUAGUGUUGGCUGUGUUCUACCUCUGGGAGUACUACAAGCAUUUAAAAAGGCGGCGCAAAGGACCAUCUACUGAUCGUAAAAUCACCUACAACUUUAAGUCUGUAAUUCCCCAUAUUUCCCCAUAUUGAUAAAUUCUAAUAAUAUGAAUGUAAAGCGUUC